AUGGACGCGCUGACACGGCGGGCGACCAUGCUGCGCGACUCGCUGCACAAGAGCCAGGGGAACACGGACGGCAUGGUCGCCAUCCUCGGCUCCUUCGACCACCGCCUCUCCGCGCUCGAGGCCGCCAUGCGCCCCACCCAGGUGAGGACGCAUGCGAUCCGGAUGGCGCACGAGAACAUCGACAAGACGCUCAAGGCCGGCGAAGCCAUCCUCUCCCAAUUCGACCUCACCCGUCGGAUAAUACCAUUCGUAUUACAUUUUUGUUCUUUGGAUUUGGAAGAUCCAGCCGAGGCAACGAUAUUAAGAGGUCCCCAUGAGGAUUUGGAGAGCUACUUGGAGGCAGUGGAUACGCUGAAAGGAAUCUCCCGCUUCUUUUCCUCGAAUAAGAACUUCAGAAGCAGUGAAGGAAUUCUGAAUCACGUCAACGGUCUGUUAGCGAAGUCUUCUCUGAAGAUCGAAGAAGAAUUUAAGCAGCUGAUGACUACGUACAGCAAACCAAUUGAGCCCGAUCGUCUCUUUGAUUGUCUACCCAAGUCUCUGCGGCCAUCAAAAGACGAUGAGGAUGAGAAUGCUAACCAGUCUGACCAUCCAUCCAAAGGCUUGGAAACUGCUGUAUACAAGACCCCGACACUAGUUCCUCCAAGAAUACUGCCACUCAUGAAUGACAUAGCUCAGCAGUUGGUUCAGGCUGGAAAUCAACAGUCAUGCUACAAAAUUUACAGAGAAUCCCGUGGUGCAGCACUAGAGUCGAGCCUUCGGAAGCUGGGAGUAGAAAAACUUACUAAAGAUGACGUGCAAAAGAUGCAAUGGGAGGCUUUGGAGGCUAAGAUUGGAAACUGGAUACAGUUUAUGCGUAUUGCGGUUAAACUACUACUAGCUGGAGAAAGAAAAAUCUGCGAUCAGAUUUUUGAGGGUGCCAACUUUAACAGGGACCAAUGUUUUGCAGAAAUGGCAACAAAUAGUGUCGUGACUCUUCUCAGCUUUGGAGAUGCUGUUGCGAAAAGCAAAAGGUCUCCUGAAAAGCUGUUUGUAUUGCUAGACAUGUACGAAGUAAUGCGUGAACUUCAAUCGGAGAUUGAGGUGGUUUUCGAGGGAAAGGCUUGCUCUGAGAUGAGAGAGACUGCAUUGGGCUUGACUAAGCGCUUGGCACAAACUGCUCAAGAAACCUUCGCUGAUUUUGAGGAGGCGGUUGAAAAGGAUGCUUCAAAGACUAUCGUUCAAGAUGGAACUGUGCAUCCUCUGACAAGCUAUGUGAUUAAUUAUGUUAAAUUCCUGUUUGAUUAUCAGUCGACACUGAAGCUUCUGUUUCAGGAAUUUGAAACUGGUAGUGAGACAGAAUCUCAGCUUGCUGUUGUUACUACGAGGAUAAUGCAAGCACUACAGAAUAACCUAGAUGGAAAAUCUAAACAAUAUAAGGAUCCUGCGCUAACUCACUUAUUUCUUAUGAACAAUGUUCACUAUAUGGUUAGAUCUGUUCGCAGAUCAGAAGCAAAGGAUAUACUUGGCGAUGACUGGAUUCAGAGGCACCGUAGAAUUGUGCAGCAAAAUGCCAAUCAGUACAAACGUGUUGCUUGGGCAAAGGUUCUUCAGGCACUUUCCGUACAAGGUGCGCCAGGCAGCACUGGUUCGUCGACACCAGCAGACCUUAACAGCAGCGGAGUUUCAAGAGCUGUGAUCAAAGAACGGUUUAAAGCUUUCAAUACGCAAUUUGAAGAACUUCAUGCGAAGCAAUCUCUAUGGAUUGUACCUGAUCAAGAAUUGCGUGAAUCCUUGAGGCUUGCUAUAGCUGAGGUUCUGUUACCAGCCUAUCGUUCUUUCAUAAAACGUUUUGGCAAUCUUGUUGGGAGCGGCAAGAAUCCGCUGAAGUACAUCAGGUACAGCCCUGAACUGGUGGACAAACUCUUGAACGAGUUCUUUGAAGGGCAGCAAUAUGGUGAGCCGAAGCACCAGCAUCGCCUGUAA